AUCUCUUAGUGUUAGUCUUAAGCCUAUAUUGCAGCAAAUGGAGGAAUUUAGUCAGUGAUUGAGGAGAGGGAUCCAGUCAGUGAAUGCUACUGAUCUACUGAUUCGCGUUGCGUCACUGACUCGAGUCAGUUCGUGAACGGAUCACUAACUGAUUCGUUCUCCAAGUGAACCAGUUCACUGCAGGUCGCGAGUCAGCCUCUGUGUCAUUGCCGACCAUUGGUGCCAACACAGAGUCUGAGAUGCCGGAAGCCCCGCCCGCUGAAAGAGCUUUCUGGACCAAACGACUUUGGGGAACGGAACACACAUUGUUUUACUUACUGACUACGUUACUGACUGACGCGAUGAACGAAUCAAUUGAACGAAUCAUUUUAAUGAACUGAUUCGAGUGAUUCGGUACAGUAAAAAGAACGAUUGUUCCCAUCACUACCUCUCCUCGGAGAGAGCCCGGUGGUCACCUGUUCGCCCAGCCUUUGAAACAGGUAUCACAUGUAUAAUGUCUUUACGUUCGUUGCAAAGUGUCCCAAUUAAAAUCAGUAGGAGAGUAAGCAGCAGUUGUGUUUCGUGUUUUUUUGUUCACUUUUAACGAUACAGAACAGCUCGGACAAGAAACUGCUUCUGAGCUAACGACCGGAGAUUUCACUCAGCAGUACGUAAGUGCGCAUGCGCAUCCACAUGUACCGAAACACAGCGGUUGCUAUGAAUUAAUACGUUUGAUUUAAUGCACUGGGACUUCCACAACUGGUCCACAGACGUCAAGAAACGCCGCUUGCGCCAGGACAGGACGAACAAUAGAUUACACCAACGAAAUUCCACAAAUUCUUGUGGUUCGCUGAAACACUUUCAACAUGAUUUGCAUAUCUGUCAGUCAUCACACAUUUUAAAUAAAAAUGGAGAGAAAGGGUUAGGGUUAGUAUAUUGAAAUGUUUUUUUUUUUGUUUGUUUGUUUGGGUUUUGACUUUGCUAUUUUAAAAUGCAUGAAGUGAAAGAGAGAUGAAGGUUUUUGUUACAGUACCGGCAAAAUUUAAAACUACUUUCACCCCUAGUUUUAGCUUUGAUUUACAAAUGUGAUCUGUUACAUGAAGCAGUCUGACUUCUCUAACGGUAACUUUGUGCUGCUUGCUUUAGACAUCAGGAGGCCGAACAAGGUAGAAAUGAGUUUGAUAUGAAAAAGGCGUUUUUAGUUGUUGAACUCUUCCUUUUUGGGAAUAUCUGCAAAUUAUUAACCAGUCAGUUCUCUCUGUGUUAAGAGUCCUGUCCUUCUCCUCAUCAGACACCAGUUUUUAUGGCUGUGAAUAUUCCUCUCUUCAUAUUCAUGCCCGUUGGUGUUUAUUUUUAUAUUUCUUUUGUUUAUUCAGCACAUUAUUUGUGUUUUUUGUGCUAGUUUCAUAUUUUUGUAUUUGUAUUUCAGGUUCAAGUAAAUCUCAUCUUAUGUUUGUAGACUUCCUCCUGCUAACCCUCUUUUAAACUGAAACGUAACACCCCAUUUAUUUAUGCCUUUUAAAAAUAUUUAUCUUUACCAUGUUCAGGCACAUUAAAUAUAAACAUAAAAUAUGACAUGAAUAUGAAAUGUGAAAAUAUUUUUCAUGAAGUGAGAAUGGUUUUCUCAAUAACAGUGUUGUAGGCUGAUCAUAAAUUAAUUGUUUCUACUAUGUGUCUCCACAGCCCGGUUGGAGGAGAGUACAGCUGACACCAAGCCUGAUCCAAUGAAUGAUGAAGCUCAGCACUCAGAGACGAAGGACACAACAAGAGGGGUGACUGAAACAAAGUCUGCAUCAACUGCAAGCAAAGACAAAACAGUUGGAGAGGUGAAACAUUCAGUUGAAAUCAAGGGUAAUGUACUGAGUGAACCUGAUGGAGCUGAAAUCAAGGUUUCAUCUGAAACUGAGGAAGAAGAUGAAAAGCAGAUGGAAGCGAGUAAUGACAACAUAGCAGGAGGAGGAGGAGAGUCAGAAACCAAAUGUGAGACUGAUAAAAAAGUCCAGUUGGAGGAGAGUACAGCUGACACCACGCCUGAUCCAAUGAAUGAUGAAGCUCAGCACUCAGAGACGAAGGACACAACCACAGGAGAGGAAACAAAGUCUGCAUCAACUGAAAGCAAAGACAAAACAGUUGGAGAGGUGAAACAUUCAGUUGAAAUCAAGGGUAAUGUACUGAGUGAACCUGAUGGAGCUGAAAUCAAGGUUUCAUCUGAAACUGAGGAAGAAGAUGAAAAGCAGAUGGAAGCGAGUAAUGACAACAUAGCAGGAGGAGGAGGAGAGUCAGAAACCAAAUGUGAGACUGAUAAAAAAGUCCAGUUGGAGGAGAGUACAGCUGACACCACGCCUGAUCCAAUGAAUGAUGAAGCUCAGCACUCAGAGACGAAGGACACAACCACAGGAGAGGAAACAAAGUCUGCAUCAACUGAAAGCAAAGACAAAACAGUUGGAGAGGUGAAACAUUCAGUUGAAAUCAAGGGUAAUGUACUGACUGAACAAGGUGGAGCUGAACACUCAGAGAAGACUGAUGGCAACAUAAGAAGUGAGGCUGAAAUCAAGGUUUCAUCUGAAACUGAGAAAAAAGAUGAAAAGCAGAUGGAAGCGAGUAAUGACAACAUAGCAGGAGGAGGAGAAGAGUCUGAAACCAAAUGUGAGACUGAUAAAAGAGACCCUUUGGAGGAGAGUACAGCUGACACCACGCUUGAUUCAAUGAAUGAUGAAGCUCAGCACUCAGAGACAAAGGACACGAGAGGGGAAACAAAGUCUGCAUCAGCUGAAAGGAAAGACAAAAUGGAGCCUGAGCUCACACUUGUGUUAAUCGGUGAUACUAAUUCCAUUGAGAUUGGACCAAAAAACAUUUUACUUGAACAUGACGAGCCAACAAAUGUGGAGCAUUUUUCCUCCAAACUGUAUGAUUUGUGUGGUCGGCACAUCUCCGUCAUUAACAGGCUUGGUUUUCCAAACAUUCACAGAAUCCCGUUAAAUCAGGGAAUUCAUGCGUUUGUCCUACUGCUGCCAAAUGGUCUGCACGUCAACCAUUACCACUCAGCAGUGCAGAGGUUAGAAAAAGCUUUCGGCAAAGACUUUCUUUCUUAUGUAAUGACAAUAGUGACUCAUGAGUUGGAUGAAACAUGUGAAAGUGCACUGGAAGACUUUAAAGAUUUCUCCAGUUUUGCUGAGCAAAGAUUCCACACAUGCAGAAGAAGUAUGACAGAUGAAAAAGAGAUGAUAGAUCUGUUGGAAAAAAUAGACGUCAUGGUCUCUGAAAAUGAUCGCCACUGCUACACAACACUGAUGUGUAAUGGGAAUAAAGAACAGAAAGAACAACUGGAGCAGAAACUCUACAAAGAAGAAACCACUGGGACAGAAAAUAUGGACCAUUCCUCUGAAACCAAGUGUAAUGCCCUGAAUGAAGCUGGUGGAGCUGAACACUCUGAGACAACUCAUGACGACACAGCAGGAGACGCUGAACUCAUGUCAUCACGACCUGAAACCAAAGAAAAGGAAGACAGCGACAGACAAACAUGUCAAGGAGAAACUGAAACACUGUUCCGAAGACUUCACCUUCAAUACCAACAGAAGUUGUCACCAGCAGACUUUCUCAAAAUAGGCCCACCUGUAAAAACGACACAAGACAUAUCUGAGAAAGAUUUCCCUAAUACUUUUCUUCAGAGGGUAAUGGUAUUAGACUACAGAGCCAGAUAUAUUCCUGAAAGACAGGGCAGUCCUGAUCUGAGACAUUCACAGUCUGUUGAAUCAGAUGACGAUGACUUAGAUGCUCUUUUUGGGACAACUGUAGAUGUUGAUGAAUCAAAACAAACCAACGUGCAUCCAAUGGAUGUUCAAAUGGCAGUAUUUCACUGCUCAGACAGCUUCCUUAAGCAGAACAUGAUUACAAAGUUAUCACAGUGUCAGUACGCCUUGCCUUUCCUUGUUCCUAACCCGGAGACCGCAACAAUCGAAUGUCCUCUGUGGACAUUUAGACAAAUAAUAAAGACAUGGAAGACAACUCAAGUCAAAGAUGAUUCAAAACUUGUCACCAUGAAGAGUAUGCCCAUCUGCAACGCUGAGACACACAUGGUGUCAUUUUUCCGCCUGGGUUCAUUAUCUGAGUCGAAAUCACAGCUCAUGAACUCUUUGAUUAACGACCGUCACAACACCUUCUUCCACAGAAACUGUCCAGGCAGCACCAAAUUUCGUCAUCUGAUGGACGGUGUGGCAGAGAUUGCCUGGUACUGCCCUGCAGGAAAACCUAAUGAUUCCUUCCCUGACUGCAUUGCCUUCUGUAAUCUUCAUGGUGAUGCUCUGAUGAUUGAAAAACAAACUAAAAUACUGACUGAAACUUCUUCAGUCAAUGUAGUUCUUGUACCAACUCUGGAAAAAAGACACAGAUGUACCACGGUCAUCUCAGAUCUUUACAAGUCUCAGAAGCCUCUCAUUAUUCUUAUCGCUGAUAAUGAUUGUGACUCAGUUCGGAUGAAACAAGGAAAGUACAAAAUGGGUCUGAAAGACAGAAGUCAAUCAGAUGUUUCAAAAACACUGAAAGGAAUUAUUGGAAACAUGUUGUCUGGACUACAAACCUCCUUCCAGCUCAAAUCUAUGGCCAAUGUCUCUGGAAUCAGAGUGGAUGAAGACGACCCAGUGUGUCGAAAAGGGGGAAAGGCAGCAAUGGAAAUAUUUAAUUUGAUUCAGGGGAUGGAUAUUUCAAAGAUCAAAGACAGAUUUCUCCCUUGUCAAGGCCAACUGUGGCACCAGUGGUCGAGAAUAAAAAAAGAACUGUAUCAUCUGAAAGGAAAUGUGGAGAAGGAAAAAAGUCAGAAAAAUCAGCAGCUGAUGAAAAUCAGAGAAGAUCAAUGCUCUGUUUCCUCUAGUGAACUGAUGAAGUCAUUCACUGAAAGCCUCAUUUCUUUGUCGUCCCAGGAGAAAGAGUACUUCCUGAAAUGGAUGCAGAUCUUAAUAGAUGCCCUCUCCACAGAUGAUCUGUCUUCAAUUCUCCAAAGCUAUGAUGAAAAAUGGUCUGAGGUCCUGGUUCUGAAGAAGAAACACCCCAAAUCUCCUUUGUUAAUAGGUAAACAAGAUGAGCUUGAAACAAUAUCAAAAAAACUGCAGUCAGCAACUUUUGGUUUGGAGCAUAUCUUUCGAGAAAUGGGACAGAUCUAUGAAGCUCAUCAAGCUCUGAAGAAACAACCAAACAGUGGGCAGACCAACUGGUCCAAAUACCCUAAACUGGCCGCGGAUCUGAUGAUAUCAGGACGCCCUAUGGAGCUGAUGGAUGGAGAUGCAGGUCAUGUGCCUUUAAUGUGGAUAUCUAGUGUUUUAGAAGAAGUCAUCAAGAAUUUGGGCGACCAGAGAGUUUUUGUGCUGUCGGUUCUGGGCGUACAAAGCAGUGGAAAAUCAACAAUGCUGAAUGCCAUGUUUGGAUUGCAGUUUGCAGUUAGUGCUGGUAGGUGCACAAAGGGUGCUUUCAUGCAGUUGGUCAAAGUGUCAGAGGAAAUACAGAAGGAUUUCAGGUUUGACUAUGUUCUCGUAGUGGACACUGAAGGACUACGUGCUCUUGAAUUGGCAGGUAACGCCACUCAUCACCACAAGAACGCACUGGCCACAUUUGUUGUUGGCCUGGGAAACAUGACACUGAUCAACAUCUUUGGUGAGAAUCCAGCUGAGAUGCAAGAUGUCCUGCAGAUUGUUGUCCAGGCUUUCAUGAGGAUGAAGAAAGUUAAGCUUUCUCCGAGUUGUGUGUUUGUUCACCAGAAUGUUACAGACAUUGGAGCUGCAGAGAAAAACAUGGAUGGAAAGAGACGCCUGCAAGAAAAACUGGACCAGAUGGCUCAGCUCGCUGCCAAAGAGGAGGUGUGUGACGUUGAGUGCUUCAGUGACAUCAUUGAAUUUGAUGUGCAACAAGAUGUGAAAUACUUUGCCCAGCUAUGGGAAGGAAGUCCACCAAUGGCUCCCCCAAAUCCUGGUUACAGUGAGAGUGUCCAAGAACUGAAGAGUAUGAUCCUCACUAAGGCUUCACAUUCUGCUGGAAUCACUCUCUCACAUUUUAAAAGCAAAAUUCAAGACCUGUGGAAUGCCCUGAUGAACGAACAGUUUGUUUUCAGCUUCAAAAACACGCUUGAAAUUGCAGCAUACAGAAAGCUUGAGGUCCAAUAUGGGAACUGGACCUGGAACCUUAGGAGCAGCAUGCUGACCAUUGAAAACCAACUUUACACCAGGAUUGAAAAUGGAAAACUUGACACUAUUGAUCCCAAUGAUCUCACUAAAGAACUGAGACAAACAUAUGAAAAAAUCAAGAAAGACAUGAUGUCACACUUCGAGGACAACAGAGACAAAGACAUGUUGGUUCAGUGGCGUAGCCGAUUUGAAAACAAAAUCAAGGAGUUUCAUGGGGAUCAGGUGAAAGAAGUGAAAAGGAAACUGGAUGACGUUAUCCAGCAAAAGAAAGCUUGUAAAAAGCUUGAUGACAAGAAGCCGGAGUUUGAGAACAAACUGCUACAAAAGAGCAAAGAGCUUGCUCAACAGUUAAAAGACAAGGCAAAGGAUGAAGAGGAGCUUCAAAAGCAUUUCAACUCUGUUUGGACUGACUGGGUCAAUGAAUUAACUGAAGAUAUAAAACCCAUUGAAGAUAUUAACUUGGAGGAAGAUCAAAUGUUCAUCUUUGAAGAGCUGGGGAUUGAACAGUUUCUCAUAAAUGAAUCCAACAGCAGUGGAAGAUACAAAAAUGUAUCAAAAGCUGGGAAUUACUGUGCUUAUAUAACCCAUAAGAAGUACCCUGAUCUCUAUAAUGAAAUCCAAAAAUCUCAAGAAAGUAAAAUAGAAACCAGCACACACACAGCCAAAAAAGAAUUUUCAGCAGCAUUAAAAGCUGGAUUGGACGUUGCUCAACAUAAGUUGGAAUUUUGCUCGACCACACAACAAAAUAUUGUUCCUCAUGAAGAACAGGAAAUGAUCAGAACCUUCAUUAACAACAUUGAACAACAGUCCUUUGAUGCAAUUAAGACCAAGCCUGUAGCAACAAGAGGCUACAGCCCAACUUACCUACAAGAAGUGGCCAAAAAUGUUCAAGAAGACGUGACAAAAUUUGAAUCAGAGAGGAACUAUUCAUUCAAUAAGGAGUUUACAGUUGACGUCUUGUUGUAUGUUUUUGAAGGGUUGGGGAGUUGGCUUUCAGAUUCUCACAAAACAUUUAAAAAGAACAAUGAUGCCCUCACUUAUCUGAACAACAAUAAACCACAAUAUUACAAUGUUUUAAGAAGCUUUUGCAAAGGAAACUCAUCUGCUGUUGUUUUUGGAGAAAUGAUCUGUGACAAACUGAAGGUUUCCACCGUUGAGGCUGUCUGUAACAAGACCGCCAUUGAUCUGGCAAAAGACAUGAGGUGCAGUUUCCCAGCAUUCAGUGGGAACAGGUUGGACUUGGAGAAACAUGUGUUGAAAUCACUUGCAGUAAAUGAGAACUUUGAUGAUUUCAUCAACUACAUACGACAUCCAAGGAGGCAAGUAGAGACUUUUAUAAAAGAAGAAGUAGAGAAAUACAUCUUCAGAGAACACGAAGGUAAAGCUCAGAAUAUACUGAAGAAAAACAUUGAUGACAUCAGUCAGCUUGUGAGACGAGCUUUAUUUGAAGCAACAGAAAGAGUCAAAACCCAGGGAGGAGACACAGAGAUGUGGGUGAACGAAUUUUCCUCUUUCCUCAAGGAUGAGCUGCCACUUGAUACCAUUUGUUGUAAAAACUUCAGUGACAUAAACAACUUUGACUUUCUUAAAGAAGAGAUAGAGAAAGGUCUGGUUAACAUCACUGAGGACAUGAACCACCUCUCCCUGGAUAAGAUGAAGGAAUUCAGACUGAGACCUGAUCAAAUCCUCAUUGAUCAGCUGUGUAAGUGCUGCUGGGAAACGUGUCCAUUCUGUGGAGCUGUUUGCAUCAACACCCUGGAAGAUCACAGUCCUGAUGACCACAGUGUCCCUUUUCACCGGUCAUCUGCAAUCAAUGGUUGGCACUUCACAGACACAGACAUAAUGAGUGUUGAUUUCUGCACAACAAAAGUUGCAAGUGACAGAAAUUUCCGUCCUGAUAAAACUUCAGAAGACUGCUAUCCUUACAAACAGUACAGAGAAGCUGGACCAAGGUAUGCUAACUGGAGAAUCACCCCAGAUGAAUCAAAGCUGAAAUACUGGACAUGGUUUGUGUGUCGAUUUAAAAAAGAACUGGAAGACUACUAUAAGUUAAAAUUCAAGGGCAAAGGUGAAAUUCCCAGCAAGUGGAAAACACACACAAAAGAAGAGGCUAUUCAGAGUCUACAUGACAUUGUGAGUGAAACAAAAUAAUUACAACUCUACCACAAAUCAUGAUGACUGUAUUUCCUAGUACAAUUCUAUAGAGCAGCAUGCACACAAUUGUAAAUUGUGUUUCAAUAAAGAAUAUGUGAUCUUUUGUAUUUUUCAUACUGUUAUUCUGUAUUUGUAUUUGAAACAACCAUCCCUGAUGGAAGGUUAUUUUUGUUUAAGUAUUUGUGGUGUUAUAUUAGCAUUGUUUUAUGGAGAUGAUGGGCUAACUGCUUUAAAUAAAAUGAAACGCUAUAUUUGCUUGUAUUCUAAAAAAAUCUCACAAUAAAUAACUGAAAUGUGAAAACAC